AAAGCAAAAGGAACUUGUGAGACUAACAGUGGGCUUACAGGAAGACUGAAUUUACUCUCAAAUACUGCGACUGAAAGAGCUGGAGAAUGUGUAAAGGAUUAGCUGCCUUACCCCAAUCCUGCCUCGAAAGGGCAAAGGAGAUCAAGUCCAGAUUGGGCAUUUUACUGCAGAAGCCAGAAAAUGCCAUCGACCUCAUCAUCCCCUACCCCGAGAAGACUGAGAAGAAGCCAGAGAAGCAGCAGAAGCCGACUCCUGAGGAAGCUGCUCAGUGGCGUGAGAGUCUGGACCGAGUCCUGAACAACAGCUAUGGUCUGGCUGCUUUCCGUAGUUUCCUUCAGUCCGAGUUCAGUGAAGAGAACAUUGAGUUCUGGAUGACAUGCGAGGACUUCAAGAAGACCAAGAACCCCGUGAAGAUGGCCACCAAGGCCAAGAAGAUCUACGAAGACUUCAUCCAGUCUGAGGGACCCAGAGAGGUGAACAUUGACCACUUCACCAAGGAUGUGACCCUGAGGAACCUGGUGGAUCUGUCCGCUGCGACCUUUGACCUGGCCCAGAAGAGGAUCUUCGCCCUGAUGGAGAAAGACUCCUUCGGACGUUUCCUCCGCUCUGAGCAGUACCAGGAGCUCCUGGUCAACUAAGCCAAAGCACAGUCUGAGGAGCUGGGGUGGUGGGGGGGUUUCAAACAGCAGUUAAUUAACAUGAAAAUAAUAAGGAAAUAAACAUUUAAUCCAAUAUUUCUAAUGAACUACUAUUGUGUAAAACAGCUUGAGAACCGAAGACUUUCAUUUUACAAAAUAUCCAAAACAUGAAGGGCGAGAAAAUUAUAUUUCUAAAUUUUACUUUGAAUGUAACCAAAGGUAAAAACUGCAUUUUGAAAUAGCCCUACCUCCCCAACCAACACACACAGGUUCUUUAACUUCUAUACUAGCGAGGACCUUUCAUAGACAACA